AUGAAGAGCAUCCAGCUAGGCCUGCGAGAGAGGCGAAGGGUGAACUACGCCGAAGAGGAGAUCAAGGAAGACUCAGACUCAGAUUUCGGUGCCGAAGACGAUGACGAGGCGGAAGAGGAAGAUGAGGAUGACAAUGAGCGGCACACGAUCGGUGGCAAAACUACGCCCGCGCGUAGUGGCCCACCUGCCAGAUCCAGGAGCGCGCCGAAGCCGGCGACUACUCCAUCUUCCUCGUCACGUGCCUCAAAAUCGGAUGAGAUUAUCCCAACACGCUUUAGUGCUCGUCAGGAACGUAGGACCCAGGUCAACUACGCGCACGAGUGGACUUCACCGUUCAUCGUUCUCUUUAUUCUGACCGAACACCAGGAGUCUGAAGGCGAAGGCGAAGAGGAGGAGGAAGAGGAAGGAGGAAUGUCGGAUGAAGACGACGAAGAAGGUGGCCACCACAAAGGAGACACCACAAAGUCGCUUUUUGAAGAGCCCAAGCAAGUGAUCGACAAGAUCUUGUGCCACAAGGAAGUGACGGAAGACGGCCAGACAGGUCAAUCAUUCCUGCAUGUCGAAUGGCUGCUGGAGUCGGACAUCUUGGCCGAGCGGUUCGGCAAGACCAAGCUCGCUCGCUACUACCGAAAUCCGCCGCUGGUGUAUGAUGAAGACAAGCCUUUCAACCCCGACUUCGUGCAAGUCGACAGGAUUCUCGACGAGACGGUGGAGACGGAUGAAGACGGCAACGAGGUGACCAAAUACCUGGUGAAGUGGGAAUCGACGCCCUACAACGAAAGCACAUGGGAGCUCUCCACCGACAUCAACGACGACGAGAAGAUCGCGCAGUUCAAGCGCACCAACCAGUUGCCGCCCGCAUCAAAGGGUCUGCCAGAGCGCCCCGAUGCCGAGGAGUGGCGAGAGUAUACAGAGUCGCCCGAGUUCAAAGAUGGCAACAGGCUCCGCGCCUAUCAGCUGGAGGGCCUUAACUGGCUCGUGUUCAAUUGGUAUCAGCGCCGCAACAGCAUUCUCGCCGACGAAAUGGGUCUUGGCAAAACGGUGCAGAGCAUCUCCACUAUGUGGCAUCUGUUCACCGUUGAGAAGAUCCGCGGACCCUUCUUGGUCAUCGCGCCCUUGUCCACCAUCGGCCACUGGAAGCGUGAAGUCGAAAACUGGACCGAUAUGAACGUCAUCGUCUACCACGGCUCAUCGGCAGCACGCGAAGUCAUUCGCAAAUACGAAUGGAACUAUCUGGACGCCAAGGGCCGUGCCAUUCCCGGCCUGUUCAAGUGGAACGUGCUGGUGACCACCUACGAAAUGAUUCUUGCGGACAGCGCACUGCUGAAAACUAUCGAUUGGCGCUACACCGUCAUCGACGAGGCCCACAGGCUCAAGAACAAGAACAGCAAGCUGCUGAUCGAGCUGCAGACCUACAGCUUCUCGGACAUUCUACUGUUGACGGGCACGCCGCUCCAAAACAACACUGAGGAGCUGUGGUCGCUCCUCAACUUCCUCGAUCCCGAAAAGUUCCAUUCUUCGGAAGAUUUUAUGACGGACUUCGGAGACUUGAAACAGACACAGCAAGUGCAAGGGCUGCACGACCUGCUCAAGCCCCACCUGCUUCGACGAAUGAAAGAGCAUGUGGAGAAGAGUAUCGCGCCCAAGGAAGAAACCAUCGUGGAGGUGGAACUUACCGUCACGCAGAAGAAGUACUAUAAGGCCAUCUACGAAAAGAACACGGCCUUCCUCACAAAGGGCUGUUCGGGCGGUAACGUGCCUAACAUGUUGAACAUCAUGAUGCAGCUCAGGAAGUGUUGCAACCACCCCUACCUCAUCAACGGUGUGGAGUCGCAGAUCCUCAACGGGCUCUCCGACCCCGAGUCGAUCUACCAGAUGCUCAUCAAGAGUUCGGGCAAGCUCGUGCUGAUCGAUAAGCUCCUGCCCAAGCUCAUCUCGGGCGGCCACAAGGUGUUGAUCUUCUCGCAGAUGGUGCGCGUGCUCGACAUCCUGGAGGACUACCUCAACUUCCGCAAGUUCACCUACGAGCGAAUCGACGGCGGCGUCCGCGGCAACGACCGCCAGGCGGCCAUCGACCGCUUCUGCAAGAAGGGCUCGGACCGCAACGUCUUCCUGCUCUGUACACGAGCCGGCGGCGUGGGCAUCAACUUGACGGCCGCCGAUACGGUGAUCAUCUUCGACAGCGACUGGAACCCUCAGAACGAUAUCCAGGCCCAGGCCCGAUGCCACAGGAUCGGCCAGACGCAAAUGGUCAAGGUCUACAGGCUGAUUACGCGAGGCACCUACGAGCGGCACAUGUUCGAGAGGGCGUCGCUCAAGCUUGGACUCGACCAAGCCGUGCUGGGCAAAAUGGCCGAGAAUAGAGAGGAUGAGAAGGCGGGCGGUGAGGAGAAGAAGCUGGACAAGAAGGAGAUCGACGCGCUGCUCAAGUAUGGCGCGUACGACGUGUUCCGCGAGGGACAGGACGAAGGCGAGCAGUACUACGAGGAGGACAUCGACAAAAUCCUCGAGCGGUCUUCCUUCACCCUCAAGCCCGAGAGUCAAGGAGGUGAACCCGGCGGUGCGCUGUCCGCAUUCUCGAAGGCCAGUUUCUGCUCGGCCUCGUCGGCGCCCGACGUGGACCUCGACGACCCCGACUUCUGGAAGAAGAUUCUGCCCGAGGCUGCACAAAACGUGCCCGAUCCCAGCAUCCAGACCGGGUCCCGCGUGCGCCGGAAGGUGAAGCGCUUCGGCCAGAAGGGCGGCGGCGGCGUGUCCGACGAGGAGGCCGAGAACGAGGACGACGGGGCCUACAGCGAGCCCGACGAUGGCGGUGGCGGCAAGGCCGGCGGGAAGAAGAUCAAGGGCCGCGAGUGGUCGAACGCCGAGCGGUCCCGCUUCAAGAGCGCCAUCUUCAACUACGGCUACGGCAGGUGGCACGACAUCAAGACGCUGGGCAAGCUCACCCGACGGACGCAGACCGAGGUCGAGGGCUACGGCCGCGCGCUGUUACACAUGAUCUACAACUACGCCAAGGAGGAGGACCCCGACCUCGGCACCGAGGAGGAGGUGCUCAAGAAGAUCACCAACGUCUCGCUCAACCCGCCCGCCACCACUACGUCGGACAGCGGCGGCGCGGCUGCGACUGCGGCCGUGGCCGGUGCCGAUGAAAGCAGCGCGAGCGCCGCCAAGGACGAGGCCAGCAAGGCCAAGGAGGGCGAAGGCGAGAAGGACGGCGGUGCCGCAGACAAGGAGGCGGCUCCUGCCACCGUCGCCGGAGCUCCGGCGCCGGCGCCGACGCCACAGCCGGCCGAGGCUGCUGCGGCCACCCCGAUCCCCGACGACCGGUGGCGAAGCCUGCUCGAGGACACGACCCUCGCCGACGACGACAAGUUCAUCGAGUAUCUGAAGAGAAACGCCCAGAAGCUGCUCAAGGCCCUCGAGGACCUGGCCAAGCUGGGCCAGCUCAUCAAAGCCAACGAGGGUUCGGUGGAGCAGCUGCAGAAGCAGGUUCCGACGAUGUCGCGGGGGAUGAUGCCCGAUUGGUGGUCCAAGCGCGAAGACGCGAGCUUCCUGCUGGGCGUGUACAAGCACGGCAUGGGCCACUACGAUGACAUCAAGACCGACCCGGCGCUGUGCUUCCAUGAGAGAUUCCAGGAGGCCGUGCUGUUGGCGGCCUCUGGCGGCGGCGAGGGCGACGAUGCGGACGGCGGCUUCGAUGUACAUAGCGGCAGGCGACGCUCGGCUUCGCGACGCGGCAAGCGCCCCCAGGUCGUCGAGUGGCCGCAGACCAAGACGCUCAACCUGCGCCUCAAGAACCUCCUGCGCGCGCUCGAGGUCUCCUUCCGCAAGAAGCGGCCGGUGCUGGUGGUCGGCGAUAAGGGCGGUGGCAAGGGCGACGCCGCGGGCCUCAGGAACGCUGGUGGCCCGACGUUCCAGCUGCAGCACCCCAAGGACGAAGAUGUGAGGAUGAGCAAGCCCGUCAAGGAAUGGUCCAAGCGAGAGAAGCAAGACUUUUACAGGGCGCUCAUCACGCACGGCGUGCCGUACGACCAGGACGGCGAGUACGACUGGAAGGUCAUGCAGCGCAACGCCAACCUCUCGCGCAAGACGCCCGCCAUGAUCGAGAAGCACUACGUCGAGCUGCUCGAGCGGUGCCGCAGCACCAUCCGCCUGUUCAAGAAGAUGGAGGGCAAGCCCGGCGGCAAGGGCGCGACCGCCGCCGGUGGUGGCCGCGGCAAGCGGCCCGAGGACGAGGUCAUUCUCCGCGAGGACGGCGAUGAGAUGACCUACGCCCAGGCCAUGAAGGUGCUGCAGCGGAUCAUUCUCUUCUCCAAGAUCCGCGGCAAGGCCCUCAAACUCGGCGACGAAGAGCUCCGCUUCCGCCUGAAAAAUCUGCGGCUGUUCACUGGGCUGCCCAAGUGGUGGCAGGUGACGACGCACGAUAUCGCGCUGCUCAAGGGCAUCGACAAGCACGGCUACGGCCGGUGGGAGGAGGUGUGCUCCGAUCCCGACCUCCCGUUCUUCGCCAUCGCCCAGAGCAUGCGCGAGCGCGUCGAAUCCGAGCGCAAGGGCGAGCACGACGCGGCCAAGACCGACGGGGCACCCCCGUCGACCGACGGCGACAGCGCGCCGGUCAAGCGCGAGAGCCGCGAAGAGGGCGAGAUCAGCGAUGACAACAUGGACGAGGACGAAGUCGAGGACCACGACAACAACGACGAGGGUGCAGAGGAUGACAACGACGACAACGACGGCGAUGGGAUGAACGGCGAGGAGGGCGAGGGCGACAGCAACAGCGGCGGCGAGAAGCAAGCGCGCGGCGUGAAGCGCAAGCGCGGUGGGCUGCUCAACCGUCAGGUGAUCGACUUCCCGCGCGAGACGGUCCUCGCCAAGCGGCUCGACUACAUCCUCAAGGUGGCCCUCUCGUCGCAGAUGCCCGACUUUGUCAAGCGGGAGUCCUCCUCGUCGACCUCCACCUCGAUGUCGUCGUCUUCAUCGUCGUCUUCAUCGUCGUCGUCGCGAGCCGCCGCCGCCGAUUCGCGGAAGCAGCAGCAGUCGCUGGACCGGUUCGUCAAGAAGGACCCAGGCAGCAAGGAGAAGGAAAAGGAGAAGGAAAAGAAGAGAAAGAGGGGCGACUCCGACCACGAGGACCACGAGGCCGCUCACUCGUCGUCCACCACCAGGAACGGCGGCAAGUCGUCGUCAUCAUCAUCGACGGCGCAGGCGCGGAAGAAGACCAAGCGAUCGCCGUCGCCGGUGCCGGCGCGCGAUCACCACGCGAAGGAGCGGCGGGACCACCACGGUGCGAAGGAGCGGGAGAGGGACGACGAGAAGGAGAGCGGCGGCAGCGCCAAGGCCGCGUCGGCGAAGGGCAAGAAGAAGGGCGGCAAGGGCGGCGACAAGACGCCGCGGACCAAGAAGAUCGUCGACCUGCCCACCGACGAGCACGGGCGGGUCAAGAUGCCCAUCAAGAUCGCCGGCCUCACAGUUCUCGCACUCGGCUCCAUUCCGAAGGACCGUCCGGAGUUCCACCAGAAGCGGUACAUCUGGCCGGUCGGCUUCAAGUCGAUGCGGCAGUACUCGAGCUUCGAGGACCCCUCCGUGCGUUGCAACUACAUCAGCGAAAUUCUCGACGGUCUCCAGACCUCCCAGAAGUUCAACGGUCCGCUGUUCAAGGUGACGCCCGAGGACGACGAGGACGAGGCCAUCGUCGAGAAGUCGGCAACGGCGGCGUGGUCGGCGGUCAUUGCCAAGGUCAACAACAUGAAGACCGAGGAGACUGGCAAGCGCCAGUUCACCUCCGUCUCCGGCCCCGAGUACUUUGGCUUUGGCGUACCCGCCAUCGCCAAGCUCAUCCAGGAGUUGCCGAACGCUGACAACUGUACAAAAUACGAGAUGCAGCACUACAGCUCCGCCGGCGGAGCUGCUCCGUCUCCGUCGUCCUCUUCUUCGUCAUCCUCGUCUUCUUCAUCAUCGUCGUCAUCCUCGAAGCGCGAGCGCGAGCGCGAGCGCGAGCGGGAGUCUACGCUCCCGUCGUUCAAGUCGCGUGGCGACGACAGCGGUGCCAAGCCGCGGUUCGUGCUGCCCAAGAAGAAGCGGGUCCUUGACUCGUCGUCAUCGUCCGCGGCCGGCGGCGAGUCCAAGCGACGCUCGUCGUCCUCGUCCGCGGCCAGCAACGGCGAUCGGGACAGCGACGACGAACGCCGGUCCAUCAGCCCUCGCGACCGCGACCGCGGCAGCAGCGGCGGCGGCCGGUCGCACAAUCGAGACCGCGACUGGGAGCGAGAGCGGGAGAGCAGCAGAGACACCAGCAGGGACCGCGGAGGCGGGAGAGACCGAGGCGAGAGGGACAACAGAGACCGGUACAGCUCAUCAUCGUCAUCGUCGUCUUCGUCAUCUUCACAUUCGCGAAGCAGCGGCCACCACUCUUCCUCUUCGUCGUCACCGUCGUCUUCGCGACAGCAGCAGCGCACCUCGCCCAGCUCUUCGCGAGGCUUCAAGUAG